AUGGUAGAAUUACACCGGGAAAAGCAGUCUAGUAGCAAUGGCAACUGCCUUUCAUCAUUUUCGAAGGAAGAGGAGGCACAGUUGGUGAAGAAAAUCGACACCUUUGUCUUGCCGAUGUUGUGUUUGGUCUUCUUCUUUCAGUACCUCGACAAGCAGAGCCUGAGUUAUGCCUCUGUCUUCGGCCUCAUCGACGACCUCUCGCUUCAUGGAUCCGAGUACUCCUGGUGCUCAUCAAUCUUCUAUGUUGGACAGCUAAUUUCUGAAUACCCUUUCAUCUAUUUGAUGAGUCGCUUGCCAUUGACUCGAUUCGUUGGCAUCACCAUUAUCGUCUGGGGAGGAGUGUGUAUGUGUCUGGCAGCCUGCCAGAACUUCGCCAGUUUCGCAGCUGUGCGCUUUCUGCUCGGACUGAGUGAAGGCGCGGUGGCUCCAGCAUUUGUCACGCUGACCAGUGUCUGGUAUCGAAAGAAGGAGCAUGCACUGCGGGUUGGAGUCUGGGUAACGAUGGAUGGAUUGGCUCAGGUGCUGGGGUGUCUGCUCAUGUACGGUAUCGGACGAUCAUCCACCGGCCCUCUCGCUCCUUGGAGGACUUUGUUCAUCAUCUGUGGGGCCUUGACAUCUGGCUUCGGCGCUCUCUUCAUCAUCGUUGUUCCUUCCUCACCAAAGAAAGCCUGGUUUCUCACCACGCGCGAGAUGGAAGUCCUCGAAGCAAGAAUGGCACGCGAUCGGGAUGCCGGGGAUUUGACCCAAUUUUCAACGACCCAAGUAAAGGAGGCUCUGGGAGACCUUCGGUCGUGGUUCAUGUUCAUUUUCGGGCUGCUGGUCACCAUGCAAGCCCCAGUGAUGACCUUUGCCUCCCUCAUCAUCAAGAAUCUGAACUACGAUAGUUUCCAGACUAUGCUGUACAAUGCACCUUCGGGAGCUGUGCAGAUUCUGGCCAUAUGGGUUAGUAUUGCAGGGUGCUAUCUGCUCACGGAUCACCGAUGCUUUGUGGUGAUGGUGAUGGCCAUCCCCCCCCUGGUCGGAAACCUCCUCCUUCUAAAGCUCCCACUUUCUGCUGAAUGGGCUUUGAUUGUCUCGUCCUGGCUAGCUUCAUGUCUGCCCAACGUCUUGGCUGUCUUGCUCAGCCUCAGCGCCUCAAACGUCAAAGGAAACACUAAGCGUCCCAUGGUCAAUGCCAUGUUCUUCAUUGGAUACUGCGCCGGUUGUAUCGCAGCUCCUCAGCUGUGGAAGACCAGCGCUGCACCGAGGUUUUUUGAGGGUAUCGUGACGGCCAUCGUCACCUGGUGCUUGCUCCUCGUGGCGCUGGGGGUAUACUGGUACCUCUGCCGGUCGGAAAACCGCAAACGCGACGAAACCCAAUUUACUGCUCCUGGAAUUGCUUAUCAGGAUGGCGAGGACAUUACCGAUAUCCAAGAUACUCAUUUUCGCUAUAGUUAUUAAGAGGUGGUCCGACGUUUAUGCGGCCGAGGCGAAACCACGACGUAUCAUUCUAUGAAAUACUUAACCCACAUUCGGCUGAUAUGAGCGCCCGACUCACUAGAUCUCCCUAAUGCGUUGGUCUGGAAGAUAGAUCAUACUGCAAAAUGAUAUGCACGAUGGUUCGAAUCGCCGCGAUCGUAGCUCUGCUCGCCGGCAGUGGGUAGGCG